AUGAACUCAAGUUCACAAUUUGAAGCUACAGGUUCUUCCAGCACAUCUGCUGAAUGUAAACAAGGCAUUAAACGAAAAAUGGUUCAUAAAAAUAUUAAUUUGAAUUUGAAUGCCAUUACUGAUACUCAAUGCACAUCCUCAGAUCAUACUCCAACACCUACAAGAUUCAUCAGAAACUGUGAAGAACUAGGUCUCUUCCAAGAUUUGCAGAAUGUAAAUCCAUUUGAAGAGGGUUUCAGAGAAGCACUGAGCAAUCCAACAGUAAACAAUAAACUGUGUCCACCAUUAUCAGCUACAGAUAGUAAUAAUGAUGGCACUCUGCAUACACCUAAGAUUUUACCACUUAUUUAUAAUGCUUAUUCAUUGCCUGAGACAACUGAAGAACCCUCUAAAUUAGAUAAAUCAUUCAGUGAUGAUGAUGCUGAUCCUGACUUUAAUCUUAAAAUAAGUCCAGAUGAAGAUGAAUCUCACAAUAGUGAGAACUUGGCCUCAGAAUCAAUUGAUAUAACCACUGAUAAAGAUGUAGAAGAGGUGCAGGAUGCAAACAAAACUCAACAAAACUCAGUCAGUAUUAAACUACCUAGAAGCUCAACUGAAAGGCGUCGUGAAACAAAUCGAAAUGCAGCGCGAAGAGCAUACAAGCGCCGAUUAGAAAUCUCACAAGAAAAAGAAAAAGAAAGAGAAAUGUUAAUUCAAGACAAUGCACAACUAAGGCAGGAAAAUGCAUUGUUAUCAAUCGAAGUUAAAAAUCUGCGACGACAACUACGGACGAUUUCUACCAAAAUUAUUUUAGGACAACACAUAAGUGCACAAUGCGAAAAGAGUAUUGAAGAGUCAACUAUGAUAGAAGAGAGUGUGGUUUCCGAGGUGCCGGCUAGUACAGCAGCUACACCCCAUACAAAAAAACAUAGAAUAUUAUUGCCGAAAUUACCUAUAUUUUUUAAAUGAUCUUCCAGUCAGUAGCUACUAGCAAUACAUCACAUGUCAUAAGCAAUAUUUUGCAUAUUAUACAUAGGUACAUAUUUUUAUUUUUAAUAUUUUUGGACUCAAUUUUAAUAAUUAAAAUAUUAAAACAUUAAUAGCAUAAUUACUUUAUCUGCAUAUAUUCAGUGUCUGGCAUCAAUGCAGAACUAUAUUUUGCCUAAUGUAAGAUAUUUUUUAAACUAAAUAAUUUUAAUGUUUCUUGUUAUUUUUAAAGGUUUUAAUGCUAGUUUAAACUGUAAACAUCAAUGUUUAUCUUCGAGCGUGCAAAUGAAUUGUAUCUAGACAAGAAAAUAGACUAAUAUUUGCAAA